AUCAUGCAAAAGAAAAAAAGACACAUUAGAAAACUUUUUAUAUGAAGAUGAAGAUAUAUUUAAAGAUGAAGAUACUUUAUUUAUUUUGUUUAUUCAUUGUAUCUGUUGUAUCAGAAACAGGUAUGGAUGAUGGACCUUCAGACCAAGGCACAACAAAGAAUCAGCUUAUAUUACCAGAUUCCCUAUUGUUCAUUUCCACUUUAAAUGGUUCUUUAUAUGCAAUCAAGAAACAAACUGGUGAAGUCAAAUGGAUGGUUCGAGAGAAUCCUGCAGUUACUGCACCAUUAAGAAUCCAUCCAGGGGCUACAUUUUUUCCAAAUCCAGCAGAUGGCACUCUUUAUGCGUAUUUAGGAAAUCAAGUGCAAGACAGCUUACGUAAACUUCCUUUUACGAUACCUGAACUCAUCCACGCAUCGCCAUGCAGAAGCAGUGAAGGAACUUUUUAUGUGGGAAGGAAACAAGACGUUUGGUAUGCUAUUGAUCCUGAAACUGGAGUAAAACAACAUCGUUUAAGUAUGGAUGGCAUUGAAAGUAUGUGUCCACCACUAAACAAACGAAAUGCACCAUUUUACAUUGGAAGAACUGAAUACACAGUUUCAAUGUUCGAAGGAUUAAAUGGCAAAAAGAAAUGGAAUGUGACGUUUUAUGAUUACUCUGCAAGAGAAAUGGAUGAAAAUACCUAUGAUCAAGUUCAUUUUGUGUCAAGCUCAACUGGAAGAGUGAUAACUAUGGACCAGCUGACAGGAGAAAUAUCGUGGGAACAGCAUUUUGGUUCACCCGUUGUUGGCAUGUAUCAUUGGCAACCAGACGGUUUGCAGAAAAUUCCUGUGACAUAUGUGGCUGAGGAGACAAUUGAUUCCAUAAUAUCUACAGCCAUAUCUGAUAACGGAAGCAGGUUCAUAGGGAAAGGAAGAGAGCUAGUGUUAAAGCCAACACUUUAUAUUGGAAAACAUUCUGGUGGUUUGUAUGCUAUGCCAACACUUGUUGACGAGAAGACUGUUGUUAUUGAUCCUAAACUAUUAAUGAUUGCUGGUCCAAAAAACAAAGACCCUGAGAAGACAUCCAAGAAAAAACCAAAAUCUAUACCUGUCCUUAUGGGUUAUCACAGCGUUCCAAAGAAAGCCUUUCAAACGAUUUCCCCUGGUAACUUGCUUUCAUUUCAAGAUCGAGCUGUGCCAACUGUAAAUUUGGAUCAAGAAUCAACAGAUUCAGGACAAAUUAAGAAUGAAAAGAAAAAUAUCAAGAAAAAGGGGCUUACAAAAUUGUUGGAGAACGUGAAGAGCCAUCAGAAUGUUAUAUACAUGUUGUUUGCAUCAGUUGGUAUACCCGUGUUUAUUUUGCUGUUAUUUUAUUUUGAGCGUCGUCUUCCAAACCUUGCAUCUCAAAUGUCGUUUCGCUCUUCGCCACCAAACUCACAGAUGUCAGUAAGCUCGAAUCAUUCCAACCAUUCAACAUCACAAUCAAUGAAUGGCUCAGUUGAUAUGUCUUAUCCUGUCGAAGAUGCAGAUGGAUUUGUCCACGUAGGGAAAAUCAUGUUUGAUCCAAAAGAGAUACUAGGGCGUGGUUGUGAGGGUACAACUGUCUUCAAAGGUAAAUUUGAUUCAAGAGAUGUCGCAGUAAAGAGGAUACUGCCAGAAUGUUUUAGUUUCGCUGACCGAGAGGUGGAACUUUUACGUGAAUCAGACGAACAUGCCAAUGUGAUUCGUUACUUCUGCACUGAAGAGGAUAAACAAUUUCGAUACAUUGCGUUAGAAUUAUGUCAAAUUACACUGCAGGAGUAUGUGCAGAAAGUAUCAAACUUUAACAAGUUCGAUUUAUCUCCAACAAAAGUGCUAUAUCAAGCGUUGUCAGGGUUAAAUCAUCUUCAUGUUUUGAAUAUUGUCCAUCGAGAUAUAAAGCCACAUAAUGUUCUCAUCUCAUAUCCAAAUGCUCAUGGCGAAGUGAAGGCGAUGAUUUCGGAUUUCGGAUUGUGCAAAAAGCUUGCGAUUGGUCGCCAUUCUUUCUCCUCACGAUCUGGCAUUGGUACAGAGGGAUGGAUUGCACCUGAAAUGCUCGACAACGAAUGCAAUAUUACGAGAGCGUGCGAUAUUUUCUCGUUCGGAUGCGUCUUCUACUACGUGCUGUCUGGUGGUCUGCAUCCCUUCGGCGAUAACUUUCGUCGACAAGCGAAUAUACUCAGUGGACAGUAUACAUUAGAAAAAUUGAACUAUCUUGAAAAUGAAUACGAGGCUAGAGAUCUUCUGAAACAAAUGUUCAGUGUAAAUCCAAAAGAAAGACCUCCAGCGAGUACAAUUUUGAAGCAUCCAUUCUUUUGGAGUAAAGCCAAGCAGUUAACUUUUCUUCAAGAUGUAAGUGAUCGUAUAGAAAAAGAACCUAUAACAGCUGACAUAAUCAAAGCGUUGCAAAGCAAUUCUAUUGCUGUCGUGAGAGGGGAUUGGAAGAUGCAUAUAGGAGAGGCUCUACAAGAAGAUUUGCGCAGGUUUAGAACUUAUCAAGGCACACAAAUGCGAGAUCUCCUGAGAGCCAUGCGAAAUAAGAAACAUCAUUAUAGAGAGCUUCCACAAGUAUUACGCGACUCCCUGGGAACUAUCCCAGAUGAGUACGUUACCUAUUUCACACACCGUUUCCCAAGACUGGUCAUGCAUACGUACAAGGCGUUACGACCUUUCUGUGAGAGCGAACCUCCGUUUAAAACAUAUUACGAUGUUUCCUCGCUCCACAAAUCGGUGUCUGCUCCAGCCGUGGUUUAACAUACUAAGCUUUUAGUGGGAUUUUAUACACAGAGGCGAUGUUGUAAGUACACUCGGUUAGUAAGUCAGAAGCUGUAGAAAUUUCUGAAUCCGGCUUGGAUAAGCAAAUUGAAUCGCAAACUGGUCAUCUUUGAA